CUCCAUUGAAAAGGGCCUUCCAGAACUUAUCUGGGGGCCGGUUGAGAGCGGCACAUUUAUGUGGUGAUCAAGUCGAAGGCACAUCCACCUCCGCAAGCCAGACAACUCUGGUUUUACGGAUGUCGACAAUACUCCACCCUGGUGAUGGUAAUGUGUUGUCAAGCGGGACGAUCAGAUCGUCCAGGACAACAACAGAGACUGGAACAUCAACGAGGCCAGACUAGUCCCAAGGGGAAGACGAAGAGUCUCACAACAGACUUCCUCCGCAAACCACCGAAGAAGAUUUCUGGAAACCCGGAAGCGCCUCCACCUCCAUCGUCAUGGACGGCCUGCGGGUCUAUCGAGUUGGCACUUGCCACUUGCGACUGCGAAGGCACAUCCAGCGGACAAAGUCCGCCUCGGGGUGUUUUCGCGUACUGCGGCAUUAGCACCCCGUCGUUUUCGGGUUCUAUUCCACUGGAGCACAAUCCAAGCUGGCGGCCUCUACGCGUGCAUCCUACUACUCGACGCUCGCCUCGCCCUCAUCGCAGCGCUGGGCCGGCCGGUCACAGCCGCUUUUCCUUGCAGUUUGUAACUGCACUCCUGGACUCCAUAACUGCUGUCCCAGACGCUCAAGAUUUCAUGAUUACACCUUGGUGUGGUUGUAGUUGCUUUUCUUUUUUUUAUAUAAACUUUUUUUUUUUAUUGGCUCCCAGUUUUUGAUACGUGGGGCCGAGGGAAGUAAGUAAGAAAGUAAGAAAGUAAGAAAGAAAAAAGAAGGAAGGAAAGAUGGGCUUGAUGCAUCGGGUGGUGUAUUGUACAUAUAUAGG